UGCUAUUCACCGUAUUUGCAGGUCCUGUAUGAACUUAACCCCAAGGUGAUCCCACAUUCCUACUCCCCGCGUUUUUGUCUCACGUCGACGCUCUCCGGCGACGAAUCCUAGGGUUUCGAAUCGGAUACUCCCAAUUCGAUCGAUGCAAUCACCAAAUCUCUCUAUCUAUGCUCGUAAAUUUACCUCUUAGUUUACGAAUUUAGGUCGUUUGGAACCCAAAUUCGCGGUUCUUUUGGGGGAAAUGGGGUGCGAUAUUGGUGGGAUCGUUUGCUAUUUGUUCCCGAUUCUCGUAUCCUUACUCUUGAUUCGCGCGGCGUACGUGUGGUAUUCGACGGGGAAGCCCCGCCGAAGAGCGGAUUCUGAGAGUGUCAGAACCCUAAUUGUUCUUGGAUCAGGAGGUCACACUGCAGAGAUGCUUAGCAUUGUGAAUGUCCUUCUAAAAGACAGAUUUGCACCGAGAUUUUAUGUAGCAGCUGCAACUGAUAACAUGAGCCUUCAAAAAGCUCGAGUUUUGGAGGAUUCGUUGGUUCAGCACGGGGAGCCUAGUGAAGGAAAGAAGAUAGAAGCUUCCCAAUACAUGCAGAUAUAUCGCAGCCGUGAGGUGGGCCAAUCUUAUGUUACCUCUAUUGGGACAACUUUGGUUGCCAUUGCACAUGCAGUGUGGCUAGUUCUGAAAAUAAGGCCUGAAGUGAUCAUCUGCAACGGUCCUGGGACAUGCAUUCCUCUCUGUGUUUCUGCUUUCCUUUUCAAGAUUCUUGGUGUAAAAUGGUCAUGUAUUUUCUACGUCGAGAGCAUUGCACGAGUGAGGAAACUCUCUUUAAGCGGUUUGCUGCUCUACAAGCUACGAAUGGCUGAUCAGUUUGUUGUGCAGUGGCCCCAACUACAAAAGAAGUAUCCGAGGGCUCUCUAUGAAGGCCGGCUAAUGUAAAACUUCUUUGAUGUUGAGACUGAGUGUUUUGCUUGUUGUGGUGCACUUGGUUGACCAAAAGGGAGAUUCUACCCCUAACAAGAGGUGAGGAUAAAAACUCAAUAGUUUUGGACACUUCUAAUAUUAUCUUUUCAAUAGAGAAAUAGCUUUGACCGCAUUUUAAUAUGUUAAGAUUAUGUCCUUGUUCAGUGUACAGUCGUGUGACAUAAGACAUCCAUGUGAAGUUCCAAAAUAAGCAUGGAGUAUCUCACUGUAUCUAUCUUUGGACUACUCAAUAUUAACCAACUCAUGAACACAAUAUUAACCAACUCAUGUUCAUGUUAUGUUUGGUUGUUCAUGUUAUGUUAUGUUCAUGUUAUAUUCAUGUUCAUGUUAUGUUCAAUAUUAACCAACUCAUGUUCAUGUUAUGUUUGCUUGAUUGUACUGAUUCUUUAAUUGAUUCAGUGGUUGUUUCCAA